GCUCAAUGAAUUGUUAGUAUUAUUAGUUAGGCUGACUUUGUCAUCUUCUUUCUCAAACACCAUGGUCGAGUUAAACUCAACACAAGAAAAAGAACUCGACGAACUUGACGACGAUUAUCAGUCAGACGACGAGGACCCUAACGUAUUCAAAGUCAGAGAUGCAUUAACACCGCCGUCCGCAAUGAGCUACUCUGCACAGGAGUUACACAGAUAUAUACACGAAGGCUUUAUUGACCUGAACCCCAUUUAUCAACGAGACGUUGUUUGGUCAGAGACAAAGCAAAUUGGUCUCAUCGACUCCAUCUUUCGAAACUUCUACAUCCCCCCUGUGAUAUUUGCCGUGGCCAAAGAUGAUGAUGGGGAGCCCGUUCGUAUUUGCGUGGAUGGAAAACAAAGGCUCACGUCAAUACAAAAGUUUCUUGACGGUCUGAUACCUCAUCGAGACGUGCAUACAAAGAAGAGCUAUUGGUUCGUUCGUUCGGCGAAGCAGAAGAAUACACGCCUAGAAAUACCAGAAGAGUGGAAACGACGGUUUGCAGAAACCAGAAUUACUUGCGUCGAGUAUCAUCACUUGACUCCUGAAAUCGAGCGCGAAAUCUUCCAGCGGGUGCAGCUCGGUGUGCAAUUGACUGCUGCAGAGAAACUUCAGGCGAUUUCGUCGCCAUGGGCUGACUGGAUCGCGGACCUCGAACUGCGUCAUGUGAAUGUGGACAAUAAGGGACUAGCCAGUGUCCUCGAGUGGGACACUACACGCGGAAGAGACUUCCAAUGCAUUGCACAGCUAAUCUAUUGCUGUGAUGGCCUCCCAGACCACCUGCUUCCCACAGCCCAAAAACUAGAAAAAUGGCUGAAGCGGGUGGAUAAACCACCAACGAAGUUCAUGGCACUGAUCAACGAUGUACUGUCGGAGUUUUGGCACAUCGCGACAGAUUCUGAACUUAACGCCGCUUUCACCGAAGUCGACAAGCGCGUUGCGCCUGUCGAAUUUGUAUUCGUCGGCGUCAUCCUUUUCCUUCUUCGGGGGGACCACACAAGUGAAGAAAAAGCGAAUGCCGUCCUACAUAUGCGUUUACGCAUACGAGAACAAUUCCGCGACGUUCGGAACAAUGGUGUUGUAGGAAAAGCCUUGUGGAGUUUCGUUGAUAGCAUAACUGGUCAAUCUGGGUUGAGAGUGUUGGACGCGAGCGCUCCAAUGCUGGCGAUUGCGUCCACUUCCACGGGCACGAAGCGGAAGAGGAAAGGUUCGGAUGCCGACGAUGACUAUCACCCUUCGCCAAUCAAGAGUCUAGGUUCGAAGGCAAAAACGCGCACAUCGGGCAAGAAGUGAUUGUCUCGUGGUGUUGUGAACUAUACGACAGGGAUAUUAACUGCAGAGGCUUAUAGUAAAUACCAUGAUCGUAUACAUGCCUCCUGUAGAUAUAGGCUAUUGUUGAUUUCAGUUGUUGUAACUUACUCUCGCAGUGUACCAUACCCCCUCAGU